UGGUCACUGAUAAGAAGCAAGCCUUGAACAGGAAAUCCGUUAAAGGCCAACAUUCAACCAACUCUGAAAUCUUAAAGCGCAGCUAUAGUUAGCGGAAAAAAGAAGACGGUAGUUGUAUGUAACAUGGCAGACAUAGUAGAAAACAGUACAGACCAGGCCCCCAGCCACCAAGCCCAGAGUGUGGAGCAGCUGAUCCAGAGUUCGACCGAUGGGCAGGUGACAUUUGACGACAGUGGACUCUCUGCUGUCUUACAGAGUGGCUUGGAGAACCUGAGACUGGAGAGGUCCUUGACAGAUGUUGUGCUGUCCGUGGAUGGCAGGGAGUUCUCCUGUCACAGGGUAGUCCUGGCUGCUGCUAGCAGCUACUUCAGGGCAAUGUUUUGUAAUGAUCUUAAAGAAAAACAUGAAGAAAAGAUAACGAUUAAAGGAGUCGAUGCCAGCACCAUGGAGACCUUACUGGAUUAUACUUACACCAGCAAAGUCUUCAUCACCAAACAGAAUGUCCAAAGAAUUUUAGAAGCUGCCAGUCUAUUUCAGUUCCUGCGGAUGGUGGAUGCCUGCGCCAACUUCCUCAGUGAGGCUCUGCACCCGGACAACUGCGUGGGCAUCCUGCGGCUGGCCGACACUCAUUCCCUGGACCGGCUGAGGAAAUCCGUGCAGAACUAUAUUGUGCAGAACUUCCCCCAAGUGCUGACCCACGAGGAAUUCCUCGAGCUGCCGGCGGAGAUCCUGUCGGAAAUCUUGGGCGCCGACGAGCUCUGCGUCACCGAGGAGGAGCAGGUGUUUGAGACGGUGAUGCGCUGGGUGCGUUACCGAGAGGCCGAGAGGAAGGGCCUGCUGUGCCAGGUGCUGAGACAUGUCCGCCUGCCCCUCCUGGACCCCUGGUACUUUGUAGAGUGGGUGGAAGGCGAUGAACUUGUGUGGAAAAACCCAGACGUGUUCCCUCUGUUGCAAGAAGCCAGGAUGUACCAUCUGUCAGGCAAUGAGGUCGGAACACACAGCACAGAUUCGAUUAUUUCAGAGAGGACGAAGCCCAGGAUGCAGGAGUUUCAGUCAGAGGUGUUCAUGAUAAUCGGCGGCUGUACGAAGGAUGAGAAGUUUGUGGCAGAGGUAACCUGCUUGGAUCCUCUCAGGCGAAGUCGCCUGGAGGUUGCCAAGCUGCCGAUUACCGAGCAGGAGAUGGAGAGCGAGAACAAGAAAUGGGUGGAAUUUGCUUGCAUCACUUUCCGCAAUGAGGUCUACAUCUCAGGUGGUAAAGAAACUCAACAUGAAGUGUGGAAGUACAAUGCCUCCUUAAAUAAAUGGAUUCAAGUUGAAUAUUUAAACACUGGCCGGUGGCGGCACAAGAUGGCCGUUCUGAAUGGCAAGGUAUAUGCGGUUGGAGGUUUUGACGGCAAUACACGACUCAACAGUGUGGAAGUGUACGACUCCUUUCACAACUGCUGGACUGAGGGAGUUCCGCUCCUCGUAAACGUGAGCUCAUUUGCUGCUACUACCUAUUUUAAGAGACUAUAUAUAAUUGGAGGAGGACCCAAUGGGAAACUGGCUACAGACAGGACGCAGUGUUUUGAUCCUGCAACAAAUACGUGGAGCCCAAAGUCACCUAUGCCUAUAGAAGCCAAGUGCAUCAAUGCUGUUACAUUCAAGGAGCAUAUUUAUGUUGUGGGUGGUGCCAUGAAGGCCCUUUAUUGCUACAGCCCCACAGAGGAUUUGUGGACUCUGGUCACACAGUUUGGUCAUGAGCGGGCCAGCUGUGGGAUCUCAGCAUGUAACAACAAGCUCUUCAUCACCGGCGGCCGUGACGAGAAGAACGAGGUCAUCGCCACCGUGCUUUGCUGGGACACGGAGAAGCAAAAGCUGACAGAGGAGUGUGUCUUGCCCCGCGGCGUUUCACAUCACGGGAGUGUCACCGUCAGGAAGUCCUACACCCACAUCCGGCGCAUCGUCCCUGGAGCAGUCUCUGUAUGACACAGAGCCAAAGCACAGGCACUUGCUCACCUCCAGAGGGGCUGGCUGGGGCAUUUGAACAAACUUCAUCUGGACAGUCAGAGGCUCUUAAUCCCGCCAGUCUCCUGGAGACCUUCUCACUGGAAAGGACCAAGAACUGGGAGCAUACCCAACACAACAAAGCCCUGUGGGGCAAACACUGCAUUGUCCAAAGAGUUGGAAAUCUAAAUCAGGUCCAAAAUGACUUCUUGCCUUUUUUUUAAAUGUAUAAAAUAAACUGGAAACUACACUUCA